UUGGUAGAUAUUUUUGCUUAUCGUUUGUAAAUGAGUUUCAUGUUGCAUGCGCGGCGCGGUGUGGCGCGGUUCUUUGCAUCGAUUUAUUUAAGUUGCGAUGUGCCCACUACUGCUUGCCUGCUAUUGCUAACGCCAUCUCGCAGGCCUGUUGUCCGUCCCACUGCUGCCAAGCAACGGAAUUAUAAAUAUACUUCAGUGUGGACUGGACUGGACUGGCAGCAGUAGUGCGUAAAUGUUUGUGUAAUACUAAUACUAUAUGUAUAUGUUGUUCACUUUGCCAACAGUCAGCGCUUAAGUUUAUGUUCGGUCGACCUCGAUAGCAGUUUGUGUGUUGCGGUAACAGUACGAUAAACUGGACACUUACUCGACACGACAACAACCGGCACAACUACACCAGUACCUAUUUUUGUUUUGUUUGUAUGGAAUAUUGACGUGUGCUGCGGAAUAUCAACGAGAUCAUCAGUGGUAAUUAGAUGUGGAGAUGCAGAUAGACAUUGGACAUACAUGGAAACUAAAAAUAUGAUGUUGUUUACACAUGAAUCCAAGCAACAAAUGUUGAAAUAAUUGAUCAAAACACCUCUGGGAAACAAGAUGUCUUCCUCAAAACUAAUCAAAAAGGUAUGGAUACAUGCGAUAAAAUCGCAAAACAUCCGUGCUUUGAGUACUGUUACCAAUGUUUCAACGAAUAAAAAUGAAGAUGGUAAUUCUAACUCAAAGAAAAAACGCAACACAGCUACAUUACUACUUAUAGGCGGAGGAAUAGCCGGAGCAGCUGCUUACCAAUACUACAAAAAACAAAAUCGACAUGCUGCUCUCGCGACAUCUGCGCCAUUAGCACUCAAAGACAAAGCCAAAGCUCCAGAAAAUGAUGGCGGUGUAGGAGAAUUGAUCGAUGGGUUGCCUAUGUACACCAUGGAAGAAGUAGCUAAACAUUCAACACUUAAAGAUGGCAUCUGGGUAACCUAUAAAUGUGGAGUCUUUGACGUCACACCAUUCGUAGCAGCGCACCCUGGUGGUGACAACAUAAUGCUAGCUGCUGGUGGGUCGGUAGAACCAUUCUGGUUACUCUAUGCAGUUCAUAAAAACCCACAAGUGUUUGAAAUAAUGCGCAAACUGCGUAUUGGUAAUCUCUCCGCGGAGGAAGCCGCUGAAGCUACCAAAGACAUGUCAGAUCCAUAUGCAAACGACCCGAAACGCCAUCGCAUCUUAAAAGCGACAUCUAUUAAACCAUUCAAUGCAGAACCACCAGCAUCGUUAUUAGUAGACAGUUUCCUAACUCCAAAUGAAUUGUUUUAUGUACGAAAUCAUCUUCCAGUACCAGAAAUAGACCCCGACACAUACGAAUUAGAAAUAGAAUGUGAAGGAAAAUCAAAAACGUUUGUUUUGUCUUUAAAGGACAUCAAAAAAUAUCCGAAACACUCAGUGACAAGUACAAUAAUGUGUGCUGGUAAUCGACGCGGUGAGAUGACUCAAGUUAAGUCAGUAAAAGGUUUGGAUUGGAAGAAUGCCGCCAUUGGUAAUGCCACGUGGAGUGGUGCACGUCUCUGCGAUGUGUUAGCGGCUAAUGGGAUCAAGGAUAAUGAUGAAUAUCAACAUAUUCAGUUUGAAGGUUUAGACUUGGAUCCAACCUCAAAACCAUAUGGAGCAUCGGUACCUGCAUGGAAAGCGUUUGAUAAACGCUAUGAUAUCAUCCUGGCUUACGAAAUGAACGGGGAAGAAAUCCCGAGGGAUCAUGGGUAUCCAAUCAGGGUGAUUGUACCUGGUGUUGUUGGUGCACGAAACGUCAAAUGGCUCGGAAGGAUAGUCCUCUCCAACGUUGAAUCCGACUCACAUUGGCAACAAAACGACUACAAAGGCUUCUCCCCAAGCACAGAUUGGGACACCGUAGAUUUUACAAAAAGUCCUGCCAUCCAAGAACUCCCUGUAAUAUCAUCCAUCUGUCGGCCAUCACAAAACGAAAAAGUACAAGUCAUUGAUGGAAUGAUCACCGUACAAGGUUACGCAUGGUCUGGCGGUGGUCAAAAAAUUGUCCGUGUUGAUGUAACAGCCGACGGUGGUGAAUCCUGGCACGUGGCUACUUUUGACCAACAAGAUGACACUCCUGCACCUUUUAAUUGGGCAUGGACUUUAUGGACAGCUAAGAUUCCAGUCUCAAAGAAAUCAAAAGAAGUUGAAAUUUGGGCGAAAGCAGUCGAUGCAAACUACAACACACAACCGGAAUCUUUUAAAAACAUUUGGAAUCUCCGUGGUGUGCUUAGUAAUGCAUACCAUCGUGUUAGAGUGACGUUAAACUGGUAAAUGAUGAUAAUUUUAUAAUUUCAAGAUGGCGGCUAUGACGUCUGUUUAAAAUUGAUCUGUUGCGUGGAUCUGAGCACACAUUGUGUGAUUAAUUAUUAAUAUUAUUAGAUAUUUAUGUGUAUCGAAUCGCUUUUGAUGUGUUGACAUAAUUUUUUCCGUGUGGAAUACGUGGGUUUUGCGUUGGUUACUUGGAAACGCUGAGUAAUCGCAUUCGGCGACCUCGGUGCGGUGUAAUUUAAUAAAAGCCUCAGGAGGACGAGCGCACUGAUGAUAAAUUAAUGUUAUGAAAGUAGGGCUAACGAUUUUAUUGCACAUUAAUACAAAUUGACUUCGAUUUGUCGCGGCGGAAACCAUGAACAACGGUUUUAAAAACAAAUGUGUGGGUCAGUACCGUUUUUAUACUAACUGUUAAACACAAAAACAUAAAAAUCUUGUUUUUUACAUUUAUUUUAAAGAAAAUAACUUUGCAUAAUAAUAUUUAAGAGUGUAAACAUAGUUUUGUUAUGAUUGUUAAUGUUAAUAAGUGUUUAUACGCUUUUAAAGUUAAAUUAUUUUAUUGUAACAUGCAGUUUAUUGACAUUUAUAUAGUGAUAUUACUGUUUAA